AUGUCUUCCAAAUGUCUGUGGCUGCUUCUACUUCUCAGCUGCGCAGCUGGCCCUGCAGUCCUGGGCGAGAUCAUCAUGAGGCCCAGCUGUGCUACUGGAUGGUUUUACCACAAGUCCCAUUGCUACGGAUACUUCCGGAAGCUGAGGAACUGGUCUGAUGCUGAGCUCGAGUGUCAGUCCUUCGGAAACGGAGCCCACCUGGCGUCUAUACUGAAUGCCAAGGAGGCCAACGCCAUAGCCGAGUACAUACAGGGCUAUCAGAGGACCCUGCCUGUGUGGAUUGGCCUGCACGACCCACAGAAGAGGCAGCAGUGGCGGUGGAUCGAUGGCGCCCUGUAUUUAUUCAAAACCUGGUCGGGCAGGUCCGUGGCCGCAAACAAGCACUGUGCCGAGAUGAACGCCAGCAACAACUUUUUAACUUGGAACAGCAAUGAAUGCAACAAGCUCCAACACUUCCUGUGCAAGUACCGACCGUAG